UUGCGUUGGGUGUGGUUUUUCAGUCACAGUGCAGGAAAUCAAGCUCUGGACCACGACUUUGAGGCGAAACAAAGAAGUAGUCAAAUACGAGUAGCCUUCUUUAGGUUGUGGGAAAAGUUUGAAAUCAAAGAUAAACUGAACGUGACUGACGCUAUUUCAGAUUGCGCACCUUAUCUAAUGGACACACGUUUUAGUUGACUCCAUUGUUGCCAUCAUCCAAUUCCUGACAUCAGUGACUAAAGACCGAGAACUGCAAAAAUGCCAAAGACGAUUAGUGUGCGAGUUACCACAAUGGAUGCAGAGUUGGAGUUUGCCAUCCAGGCCAACACAACGGGAAAGCAACUCUUUGACCAGGUUGUGAAGACAAUCGGACUGCGGGAGGUGUGGUUCUUUGGUCUGCAGUACCAGGAUACAAAAGGUUUCUCGACCUGGCUCAAGCUCAAUAAGAAGGUGACAGCCCAGGAUGUAAGGAAGGAGAGCCCACUGCUGUUCAAGUUCCGGGCCAAGUUCUUCCCUGAGGAUGUGUCAGAGGAGCUGAUCCAGGAGGCCACCCAGAGGCUGUUCUUCCUGCAGGUAAAGGAAGGGAUCCUCAACGAUGACAUCUACUGCCCCCCGGAGACGGCUGUGCUGCUGGCCUCCUACGCCGUGCAGGCCAAGUACGCCGAUUACAACAAGGAGAUUCACUUGCCAGGAUACCUGUCCAGUGAAAAACUGCUGCCUCAGAGGGUCCUGGACCAGCACAAGCUCAACAAGGAGCAGUGGGAGGAGAGAAUCCAGGUGUGGCAUGAGGAACACAAGGGCAUGCUCAGAGAGGAUUCAAUGAUGGAGUACCUGAAGAUCGCCCAGGAUCUGGAGAUGUACGGUGUCAACUACUUCAGCAUCAAGAACAAGAAAGGAUCAGAGUUGUGGUUAGGAGUAGACGCCCUGGGACUCAACAUUUACGAACAAAAUGAUAAGAUGACACCUAAAAUUGGAUUCCCAUGGAGUGAAAUCAGGAAUAUUUCCUUCAACGACAAGAAGUUUGUCAUCAAACCCAUUGACAAGAAAGCACCAGACUUUGUAUUCUAUGCUCCACGACUGCGUAUCAACAAGCGCAUCCUGGCACUUUGCAUGGGCAAUCAUGAGCUGUAUAUGCGUCGCCGCAAACCAGACACCAUCGAGGUACAGCAGAUGAAGGCCCAGGCCAGAGAGGAGAAGAACCACAAGAAGAUGGAGAGGGCACUGCUGGAGAACGAAAAGAAGAAGAGAGAACUUGCUGAAAAAGAAAAGGAAAAGAUUGAAAAGGAGAAGGAGGAGCUUAUGGAGAGACUGAAACAGAUUGAGGAACAGACAAAAAAAGCUCAGCAAGAGUUGGAGGAGCAGACACGGAGGGCCCUGGAGUUGGAGCAGGAGAGGAAGCGUGCUCAGGAGGAGGCGGAGCGUCUGGAGAAGGAACGCAGGAUGGCUGAGGAGGCCAAGACCGCCCUGCUCCAGCAGUCUGAGAACCAGAUGAAGAACCAGGAACACUUGGCCACGGAACUGGCUGAGCUGACCUCAAAGAUCUCCCUACUGGAGGACGCCAAGCAGAAAAAGGAGGAUGAGGCAACGCAGUGGCAACAGAAGGCCUGCAUGGUGCAGGAGGACCUGGAGAAGACCAAAGAGGAGCUGAACAGCAAAAUCAUGGCAUCACACAUACAGGAGCCUAUGCAGGCCGAGAAUGAGCAUGACGAGAAUGACGAGACCAGCGACCAGGCCAGUGCCGAGUUCACGGGCGGCAUCUCCUACAAAGACCGCAGCGAGGAGGAGCGUAUGACCGAAGCCGAGAAGAACGAGCGCGUGCAGCAACACCUGCUGGCUUUGAGCUCGGAGUUGGCCAUCGCUCGAGAUGAGACCAAGAAAACCGCAAAUGACAUCAUCCAUGCGGAUAAUGUGAAAGCUGGACGGGACAAGUACAAGACCCUCCGGCAGAUUCGGUCGGGCAACACCAAGCAGCGUAUAGACGAGUUUGAGUGUAUGUGAUGUAUCUUGUUUGCAACUACUAUAACCCCCACAGCGGUGCCAUACUUGGUCCAUUCAUUCUAGACUGCAGACCUGCCUCACACAAGCUACAGUGCCUUUUACCCAAACAAGACCAGAAUACAUAUCAAAAAGCAAAACAAAAGUACAGCAAAAUGUAUAUGAAUAAUGGUGCACAAAUCACAUUACAAGUAAUGUUAUUCAGAAUUAUGAAAUAAGUGGAUGCAUCAGGGACAUUUUUUAUAGAAGAAUGGUUUAAAGUGAAUAAAAUGUGAUAAUACAUUUUUCCAGCCUUUGAAUUUGGGUUAUAGAUGGAGGGUGUUUUUAUUGAUUAUAAUUUAGUUAUUUUUAAGUGAUUCAUCUCUCCCACUGUUUUAAACUAAAAAUUAACAAAACAACACAAUGCAGGACAGCUGCAAUUACGUUAUGGUUGGCCACAUUUUAGGUGUCAUUAUUUCAGAGCAGGUUUGUUUAUUUUGAAGUAGACCUAUUACUGUAAGCAUUUUCCACAAAUUAAGAGAAAACAUCCAACUGUAAUUAGAUUGUAGUUUUUUAUUAUAUUGUAAUUUUAGGCAUUUAAAGAGAUUUGUUGUCUUUCUAAGAGAAGGACAUCUUUGUUUGGAAACUCUCAACAGUAUUACUUUUACAUAAGAUUUUAUUAAGUCCAUAUGAAAUAAGCGCUGGAAUACCACGUUUACCAUUUUCAGAGAGACACAUACUUAUGAAUGACUCUUUAUAGACCAAGUGUAUCUGCUAUGACAUAUAGCCAUGCACACUAGUAGCUACCAUGAUUAGGGGUUUGUUUUUGUAUAUCAAUACUUUGCUAAGUAUUUUAUUAUAUGGAAUUUUUAGAAAUAUGAUUCUAAGGCCUGUCUUGAAGGAUUUAUUUUGUGAUUUGGAUUUUUCAAUAAAACAGGUUAUGAUGUGUAAAAAGAUGGAUGUCUUAUGAAAUGUAAAGUUGUCUGCAUGCUUCCCAUCCGAAACAGUUCAAAAUAGUUUGUGUAUAUAUUAUGACGACAUGUUGUGACGUUUUGGUCUUCUGCAAUGUUGUUUUUGGGGGGCUGUUCGUGCACACAAUUUUAGUUUCUUGAGGUAAAUUGAAAUUCGGUAACUGAAGUCUAUGCGCCUUCAGCAUUGGUCAACAGUAGGGAUUCUUCAAUCAAGUGUUUGUUGUCAGUCAGCGUGAGACAACUCGUUUUCAUGCAAAAAUCACCUGAGAAAUACUAUAACAAACAUCUUAGAUAUAAAAUUGCGCCACUAAAACCUUAUUUUUGAUGAAUUCAGAUUAUUUUGAGGAAGUGUACACUGGCUACGGCGCCUCAAGAGGGACAAAGAGUAGUAACGACCCUGGGUUUACAAUAGCGGAUAUCGACUCUGCGGCUUGAGCAUGAUUUUGCGGCACAGUCGAUAGCGCGCUGGAUUUCGGACUAGAAGGUUGAGGGCUCGAGACCUGCUCCCUGCCUGUUUCAUUACGCUCUAACCCCAGGGUCGUUACACUACUCCCCCUUUUCAAAGAGCGCGUCCUCGCGCUAGCUUGCGACUCGAUGUCAUAUAGGAACGCGCUCACAUGCCACGCGCCCAUAUUGCCGCUACUUUCUCAUUCAUUUUUCAAGCGAAGGUCUUUUAAGGGAGUAUGCGAGGCACAGACGUUCACUUCGCCUAGCUGAGUUUGGCUAGGAGCAAACCGAACCUAGUAUGCAGAUGUCUUAAGUGUCCCGCUAGCCUUUUGUCAAUUCAAUUAUAUGCAUGACUGGAAGCCACCAGCCAGAAUCAAAACAAGGAUGUUACAGUACAAGGCAGUGCUUUGUCUUCAGCAGACAUUUGCUGCUAGUCUUCAUUUCAACUGUCAUUAAAAGCAGAAACUACAGUU